AUGGCGCGCGCCUCGAGCCCGCCCACACCAUCCGAUGACCGGACGGUCGUCGCAGCGGUCCCCGACGACGACGAUGGCUCAUCGACCAUCAGCCGGUUCAGCUCGCGAUCCUCUCUCGAUCUCCUCCACCGACCUUCCUCCCAACGACGCCCGAGCCGGCGAUCCGCCAACGCCCAGCGCGCCAUCUCCUUCGUCGCCGCUCUCGUGUCCGCGCUCUGCGCCGGCUCAAUUACCGUCUUUUCCAUGUACGGCCACAUCUUCCAGGAGCGCCUGCACUACACACAAUUCCAGGUCAACGGCCUGGCCAUCAGCAGCUCCAUCGCCCUCUACCUCCCCGUCUCGCUACUCGGUUACGUUUGCGACCGUGUCGGAACCCCGCCGCUGUCGUUGCUGGCAGCUGUGCUGUUCGGCGGCGGCUAUGCCUUGGCUGCGGGCACGUACCGCCAGCUUGAGGAUGAGAACUUCGGGGGCCUGCGCGACCUUGCCGGCAAGCGCAUAGAGGGCGGCCCGGAUUGGACAUACCCUCUGAUGAUCUUUGCUUUCGUCUGCGUCGGUGUCGGGACGUGCUCCAUGUACUUGGCCGCUGUCGCAACCUGCGCAAAGAACUUCGGCAAGGGCAAACAUCGUGGAUUGGCUCUCGCUGUGCCAAUUGCUGCGUUCGGGCUGAGCGGCAUGUGGCUGAGCCAGCUGGGAAGUCGGGUCUUCUACGAGAGGCUGCCAAACGGUGCGGCUGGUGAUCUGGAUGUCUUCCAUUUCUUCGUCUUCCUCUCUAUUCUUCUACUUGUUGUAGGAGUGAUUGGCACCUUCACGCUGAAGGUCGUCGACGAGGAGGAGAUCAUUGUGGAAGCCGUGGAGGAGCUCGAGAGGAGUGGGCUGCUGGAGCGCAGCACUUCGUUCCUCAGCGCUCGCAGCGGUGACCGAAGCAGAGGAUACGGCGCAAUUGGGCAGAUUGACGAUGAAGAGGAAGGUGGAGCUCCCGGAGACGACGAUGCCAAGUUGAAGAAGAAGCUUGUUCUCAACGCCGAGACAAGAAGCUUCCUCACGGAUCGCACCAUGUGGUACUUUGCCCUUGGUUUCCUCUUGAUGAUUGGGCCUGGCGAGGCGUUCAUCAACAACCUCGGGACCGUCAUCGGAACACUGUAUCCCCCGACCAUGCAGUACGUUGGGCCCCCGACGUCCGCCGCUACGCACGUGUCCAUCGUCGGUAUCACCAGCACGGUAGCACGUCUGGCUACGGGCACCUUGACGGACUGGUUGGCGCCAUCGCCGCAGACACAGCAUCUGCAGGUAUCCUCCAGUCCGCCCUUCAUCCGCGGCAGACUCACAAUCUCCCGCGUCGCAUUUCUCCUUUUCUUCGCCGUCAUCAUGUCACUUGGGCUGGUCGCUUUGGCCUCUGGCUUCAUCCAAGAGCAUGGCGAGCGCUUUUGGAUCGUCUCCGGCCUCAUCGGGUCCGGUUACGGAGCGGUCUUCAGUCUGACGCCCAUCAUCAUCACUGUUAUUUGGGGUGUCGAGAACUUCGCAACGAACUGGGGCAUCGUCGCCAUGUUCCCCGCCCUCGGGUCGACCAUCUGGAGUCUGGUCUAUUCGGCCAUCUACCAGUCUGGGGCCACAAAGUCCCCCUCGUCAGGAGAAGGCGGAGACGUCUUCUGCUACGGCAAGCAGUGCUACGCGCCGACGUUCUGGGCCAUGACCAUCACUGUGUGGUUGGCCUGCGGCAUGGUUCUCUACGCCUGGAAGGGCAAGAACGGCUGGACGCAUCGCGGCAUUGUAAUCUAG